CACAUUAAAUCAACUACAUGUGAUGCUAUCUUCUUUCUUUCACGCAGAUCAAUCACAACGAGACCAUUUUAUACAAUUUCAAUUAACCGUAGCAGUGAAUAUCUUCAGAGGAAUGAUACGAAGCAAUUUCCUGUCUGCAUUCGGUAGGUAGUGUUUCCUUGCGCAAUCUCAAAACGGCCCAUGUCCUUAUCCGUGAGACGUCUUAUUCAUCGAUACAGUCUCAAUCGCAUAACUGAGCAUGGGCUUAUUAUAAGUCGAAAAGUCGGACAAAGAACGAGAAGCGAUAUCAUGCCUUUCAAAAGUCAGCUUGUGUUGCAUAUUGUCUCGAUACUACUUACAUGGAAGACAUGGUGACAGGUCAACUCAAAUUCUCGAUCGGGGGCGGAGCCAACUGCAAAAUUAUUAGCACAACUUCGACUCAAUGUGGGGAGAUAUAUUACAGCUUGCGUUAAACAAUUUCCCAAUGAAUCAUUCUUGUGUGUUUCGUGUUGGGGAGUCGGACGGCGUAAAACCAACCCUCAUCGGUCACAUACCAGCGGGAGUCACCCAUGUGAUCAAUGGUAAAUCGGUUGCGCUGAGUCCAGUUCCCGUCAACUUCACGAACAUAGUAGAAACGGGAGGGGUCAUCGUCAGCUGGCUUGAAGUCCUGAGGCUCGUACAUCUUGUUCGCAUGCGCAAACUGAAUCUGACGGAGCUGCUCCUCGCCAGCGGUACGACCAACACCAGUGACAUCAGGGACAUGUUGACCACCAGGGACAUUACCUGCAAAGACGGGGACCGUGCCGGGCACAGCAGCUCCACCAGCAACACCGACCGAGGGGACGCCUGCGACUUGCUGGACCUGCGGCAUGAACUGCUGAGGCUGGUGGCUAGCAACGAGGACUGGCUGUUGGCCCAUGUUCGGCUGCUGGUAGUAGUAGGGCUGCUGCUGGACAACGUAGCUGCCUUGAACGGUAGGCUGGGGAGCCAUACCACUGAUGGCGGGCUGCUAUAGAACUUGUCAGCAUUUGCUAAUAGUUGUGGUGAGAUUUUGAGGAACGAGUGAAAGAAAAGGGUAGACCGCCGCCGAGUCACUGAAGUCGCGGAGGUGCACUGAACCACUUGAUUCAGGCCGACUCCACGUCGAAGCCAAAACGCAAAGAUAAAUCAGCAAAGUGAACUUGCAUAAUACGUAUAGCCAUUCAAAUAGAAUGUCUUCGGCACUACAACUGUAGUGCAUGCGGGAGUCGUCAUUGGGACAGGAGACAAGAGAGGGGCAGUAGGGGCAACGUAAGAAAAAGAGGGUGCACAAACUUGAACACCGGCAUAGCCCCCGACUGGGACACCAGCGAGACCAUUGUCAAAGCGAGGCACAUAAACGUGCUGCAUAGGACCAAAGGUAGUGUCAGGAACAGGCGGCUGAAAGUUCAUGCCAUGAACAGGAGGCGCAGUGUUCUGAUAGUCACCCAUGUUUGCGGUGUUGACAGCGGGAGACUGAGGUCCAAUUCCGAUGUAGGUGAUUGGAGAUGGGGUGAGUUGGUUUUGCCCUGCGUUGAUGAAGGGAGCAGGAUGAAAUUGAGGGGAGAGAAAUUGGUGCUGCUGAGGGGUAGGCGAGACGAAACCAGUUGGCACUUGUUGCGCGAGGCUCUGAGUCGGGUCAGCACUGAUAUGCCACUGAGGCUGUGCGUUAGGGCCUAAGCCAAGCGCAGGGAAGUUCGUAGGUUGAUUGCUGCCCUUCUCCUCCGGAGCAGAAGUGGUUGCUCGGGUAGCAGCAGUGGUUGUCGUAGCUUGAGCAGUGCUAGGAGCUGUAACACCGUUGAUACCAGCACUGAAGCCGCCGCUGGGGGAAUUGGCAGUGGUGUAGCCCGUGAUGCCCUCGUUGAAGGCGGCAGAUGCAGAUGUAGAUGCAGAAGCAGAAGUAUCAGGCUUAGUCUGAGAGCCAAAGUGCACUUGACGAGUCUCGGGGGUCUUUGGUCGUCGAGGAAUUUGGGAGACUUGAAGGCGCUGGCACCUGCCGAGGCCAUUAUCGCUUCUUUGCUUCCUAACUCGGACAAUUGAGAUCGGAAAAUAAAUCCACUUUCAGGGGUCGUGAAUCAGAAGCCUCAGGAUCUCGCGAUACCUUCUCCGAAGAAGGAAAAGAAGGAAAGAAGAAGCUCUCAGAUAGUAGAGACACUUCGAGAAGAUAUACCUCUCAUGCGUACAGGGCACAAACAGCGCUCAAGGCGACAAUACAGCACAAACAAAACACCCAGCGUGUUGAGUUUGGUUUUGUUUAUGUUUCGAUAUCCUUCAAUGGCAUGUUUUGUGGUGACUUUGCCCUCUAGUUGGUUGUCACUGGCAGUCCAGACGCAGGCUCGGGGCCAGGUGGCCCGCAACAUUGAGGGGUGUUUAAUAGGGUAAAGGACCACGAUAAUGGAAUUGACGAAAUUGAUGAAAGGCAAGGAAAUAAGUCUGCUCACCACUUUCUGAAGCUCCCAGUUCUGCCCAUCAUGGACCCAGACAGACUGCUUAGGGGCUCUAUGCAAAUUGUCAUAAGGGUCUUCGCAUUUGGUCCAUGUCCAUGGGAAACAGGGG